UCUGACAACUCUAUUUAUAGUUACUAUAAAGUCAUGAGAGUAUACAGCACAAAUGUUAUGUUUGGAUGCAUCUGUAAAGAUAGUUGGUCCUUUAAGAGGAGUUCCCAUAAUUUCCAUCUGUUCAUUUACUUUUCUUAAAUCAGUCAACAGCCUCCAUUUUCCAGAUUUCUUUCUUACAACAAAUACAGGGGAAUUCCAAGGACUUAGAGAAGGUUGUAACUGUCGUUGGUCAAGCUCCUCUUGUACUAUAUCUAAUAAGGCCUGAAUUUUAUCAUUUGCUGAAGGCCACUGUUCUACCCACACUGGUAUAUCAGUUUUCCAUUGAAUGGGAACAGGUGAGAAUGCAGACAGCAGCCCUGACUAAAAAGCCGAAGUAUUCAUUUGUAAUCCUAAUAGCUCUUGAGGCUGAAGUCAUUGAUGUGAUGUAUGGAACUGUCGAAGAUGUAACCCGGAUUCGAGUGAUGAAAAAUGUGACCAAUAAGAUUGCCCUUUUAAAACUAGGAAAACUCCCUUUACUCUACAAGCUUUCGCUAUUGGAAAAAGCUGGAUUUGGAGGCGUUCUUCUUUACAUUGAUCCUUGUGAUUUACCCAAGACUAUCAACCCUAGCCACAGCCCCUUCAUGGUUUCACUGAAUCCUGGAGGAGACCCUUCUACACCUGGCUAUCCCAGUAUUGAUGGGAGCUUCAGAGAAAGCCGGACGGACCUCACGCGUUUGCUGGUGCAGCCCAUCUCUGCGUCUCUUGCUGCCAAACUGUUUGCUUUACCCAAGGAGCAAGGUCAGACUGGCGCCUGCAAGCCUCUGCAGUUCCCACAGGAUGAAAUCAGAAUUGUGACAAUGAAAGUUCAGACAGUCACAGAAUACAAGAAACUCACCAAUGUUGUUGGUUAUCUCAAAGGAGCUUCAUUUCCUGAUCGGUACGUCAUCGUGGGCAGCCACCAUCACAAUCCUUAUGGUUACAAUGGACAAGAAUGGGCAAGUGGAACUGCCAUCAUCACAGCAUUUAUCCAGGCCUUGAUGCUCAAAGUGAAAAGAGGCUGGCGACCCGAUCGGACCAUCAUCCUAUGCUCAUGGGGAGGAACAACAUUUGGAAAUAUUGGCUCCUACGAAUGGGCAGAGGAUUUCAAGAAAGUGCUUCAGAAAAAUGUUGUCACUUAUGUCAGCCUUCAUAAUCCUAUAAGGGGUAAUUCCAGCCUGCAUCCUAUCGCAUCUCCUUCUCUUCAACAAUUGGUGGCAGAGAAAAAGAAUUUCAACUGCUCUUGGAGAACAAAGUGCCCAGAAGCCAACCUCAGUUCUGUGCAGAUGCAAGGAGAUGGAGAUUUCUUCAUCAACCACUUUGGAACCCCCAGUUUGCAGGUUUUCUAUGAGGACAUCAAAGCAUUAGAGGGUCCGAGUUUUCUCUCUGAGGCCCUUUUAUCACCUGGCUGCUUUUUGAGAAGAAAAAGCUCACCACAUUUUGGUGCCCGAACAGGGACCGACAAAAUCCUGAUUCCAGGGAAGGCACCCAGAGAGAACUUUUAUAAUAUUUUAUAGAAGAACAAGAA